UCGGGCAGACGACACAGGAAAGACAGAACACUGCAGAAAAGAGAGAUUCGACGCGACGGUCCCAGAGAAGACGACUGGCAAAGGAGAGAAGCACCAAAGAUUUGGAAUUUCAGCGAGGCAAAAAGUCUUCGCGGCCGGGAACGAGGCACUCCAGGGUGUACCGACACCCGAAGCACGCGAGAGCUGACAGAGCGACUGUUUCAAGGAGGGACUGUCUUCUUCCUGGUUCGCGACUUCUUUCCAUUUUCAGGUGGAACUCGACCAUAACGAAGAGAAGACCAGCAUGUGUCGAGACAGAAAAACAGCUAACAGUUCACACGCGAGACGGCGCAUGUCGUUUCGCCGCUUGCAUGCAUGCACGGACAUACUGGCGAGUUCAAAAAAAGUGUCGGAUUGAUGAAGAAAUUCAAGCAGGAAAACCUCAUAGUAUCAAAGUUUUUGUGAUCAUCGUUUUUUUUUGCAUCUCUGUAGAGCUAACUCUCCACUUUCACACACCCUGGACAGCCCUUCUGCCUCGUGUUUGUACCUCGUAUCUCGUGGCGAGUUCCUCAGCAGUCACAUCGACAUAAAACUCGAAGAAAGGUCCGUUUUUUUUCUCGCCAGAUCGUGCUGACUAGGUGAACACAAAAAUCGCCCUGCGAAAAUGGAACCAGUGAAGCUACGUUGACUUCCGUUAACGGGCCUACCUCUCCGAUUAUCUUGCUGCCGUGGCUUGUACUUCAACGUAAACAUCCAACGUCUCAAAAACUUUUCUGUUCUGCCUGAAACCCUCUGUGGCUGUUCCAAUGCAUGCUUUCAGCUGGCUGAACUCUGAGUCUUGCGCUGUCCGCUUUCCUGCUCCUUUGAAAGGGACUGUUUCUGCGUCGUUUCGUGGUCCUCUGUGCUUCCGUGACGGCUUCUAAAGACGCUGCUCUGUCUCCGGUUGCUUCCUGGUCGGUUUUGCAUGCAUGGUCCUCGUAUUGUGGUUGCCUGUGGGAGCUAGGCCUAGAAAUCCCCUCUUAUAAUGUACAAGAGGGAGUUUAGCUUCAGUUGUGUCUUGACUGAUGCUCCAUGCGCGCGGAGUUCUGUUGCGAUUCUCGAGGGUUGAAGAUAUCAUAGCAAGACAGAGAGCAGCAGAUAGAGAGACAAAGAGGUAGAACAACAGGACGACAGACAGUGGAGAGAUGGAGGCAGAGAGCGGUGUGCAGAGCCCCAGGUCGUUGCGCCGUCUUCAGGCGACGCCAGCAGCAGGCGACACGGAGUGUACAGACACCUCCGGCGAUAGGGUUUUGGACAGCCGAGACAGAAGCGUAUUUUCCACGAUGCCGAAGCAACAGGGGAAAGGUGAAUGCGGAACACAGAAGAAGGUAGUGGAGAGGAGCGGCGAGAGGGGAGGAAAUGGAGGAGUACGUCGGGGAGAAAGGGGUCGAAAAGACAACGCAAGCCACCCAGUGACGAAAGGAGGCGGAUGCCUGGAGAUAAAAGGCGCAGCACGCAUGCAGAAAGCCGUCGAACAAGCCCUUGCGGCUCUGGAGCAGAACGGCUACGUGGAAUUGUGUGGGCGAGUUGGCGGGGGCGGGAUGGACAAGGUUGUGUCGAUCGCUGAGAUUCUAAAGAGGAAAGUUCCUGAUCUCGUGCAGAACUCCUUCUUUUCCGACUUUGACACUGGAGGCGAGACAAGACGAACGGAUGUCGUGCUUCACGUUUCUCUUCAAGCGCCUCCGAAAGAACAAGAAGCAAACAUGGAAAAGGUGACGGAGUGCGGUGCCUGAAACCCCGCUAUCGCUGUUUUUCAGUGCGGGAGGUGUUCACUUUCGAGAAGGCCACCUUUUUUGCUUAUCUUCACUUGCCUCGUGGUCGGUUCUAUCGAUUAUAGAGCUCUAGGGCUCUUCUUUGCAUCGUGUUGUCCGCUGGCAGCGCAGAACAAAGAGAACACGGAAAAGGUCCAAGGUUGUUGUCUGCCUUACUUGAUGCCACGUUACUUGACGAUGGUGUGCAUCAAAGGGGAAGGAGUGUUUUAAAAGGUGCUCGACUGCUGAAGGCAGCUAAAAGGGUUGGAAUUCAACAUCCUGUGACAUCACGGUUGGUCUACAUCAGCCACGUUGCAGACGUGAUAUCUGGCAGAAAGAUGGAACGAUGUCUGCCAACUUGAGAUGCAGGUGAAGCGUGUAGCUUUUCGUCGGGAGAAAAUGGUUUACGAGUAGGACUUGUGACUUCGAUCUUGAAGGUUUUCCUGUUUGCAAUUGGCUUUUACUAAUGCACUAAAGUGUUACAAAAAUUCUUCUCUGCAAUCACGAAUAAGGCUUCCAUCAACGGAUCGUAGUCCGCAUCUGAACCAAACCCAUUUUCAAACUGGACACUCAAUCUAAACUCUUCACUCGCUUGUACACGGGGCGUGGAAGAUCCUCGUGUAGGCGCAUGCACAAAGGGAGAACGGGAAUGGAAUACCGGCAUCUUGCGGCUUGACCCCUUCAGGUUGAUGGGGAAGAACUACUUGUGAACUUCUUUUUGGAAUCGGAGCAACGGGGAGGCAAGGGGAAACACUUUCCAUGCGAUGCAUCUAUAACAGUUUCACGAACAGUAGACGGCAGAUCAAAUGAAGUGCGUUGCUUUUUCAGACAAGGCGAGUGAUGGAAAGACUUCUUUUCGGUUCCCAGUUUUUUUGCACGGACAUGGAAUUCUGGUUCGUGUAUGUCUUAACACAAGUCCCAAGCCCUCUUACGUGCAGCAGCUUAACGGGCACCAGCAGGAGGCAGAACGAUGCGAGUGAACUCCAAGCAUUAGAAACACGAAAUGCUCGAAGACAGGAGACACCGAUCACAUUGAUAGGUUCGUUGUUGGGUUCUGCAAGGACAGAAGGGUAGCGCGAUGGCAGACAUCAGAGCAAGUGGACUCGCGAGAAAGGCUGACCAUGACCGAUUCACCUUGUGACAUGAAAAGCUGCGAUGAAAGCAACAAAUAAGAGCCAUCAGUUGUUCUGACCCUUCAGUGGAUUGAAAGCGCCUCGAAUGUUCUUCCCAACCCUCGCGGUUGCGGCGUUCCUUAAAAGGCAGGAAAACGUUUUUUGUGGAACCUCUGCCCGAAAUGGGUUCCGGAAAGGCUCGCUCUCAGCGUUUUUCCUCAGAUCUCGUCGAUGUCCAGACAGGGAUAAAGACAACACGUAAACUCGACUGUUCCCAUGGGAGGGGUUCUGGCAAGUAAGGCCGUCUUAUACCUCGAUAGCGACGAGGCAUAACCACGGUGGAGCAGCACAGGAGAGUGAAAGAACAAGCGAGGAGACAGAAGCAUUUUUCGAGAAAACCGUGCUUCUCAACUCUGUACGAAGUGGAAUCAAGAGAAGAAACUGGGAACUUGUGAUUGAUUGACCAUACUUUAAUCGUCUCUGUCUGUCCAGGAUGUAAACAUGCCUUCCAUGAGAAUCAACUCCGCUUGUUAUAGACUGAUGACGUAGACAAUCACACAUGCCUGGACACCGCCUUUCUUGUCUUGAUUCUGCAGCCUCUCUCUUGGCCAGAGACAGACGACGGCGCCUGAAUUAGCGCGAAGAGUGGACAAAAAAUGGGGAAAGAGAGACGUGAGACACCAACCGAGUUGAAUGCCCGCAGAAAACCAUCCCGUAUAGAGGCAGAGACGCGAAACGUGCAGGUCCUCUGUGCCGUAUCUUGAGUGGACACACAUGCUACCUCCCAAGUGUCCUGAAGGUCGGACGCCUUGGCAAAAAGACGUUUUGGGUGACGUCUGUGUCUCGGCCGCUGUUCCCCACUUGACGCUAUGACGGAAUGCUCGAGAGACUCACCGUCGUCGGUAGGUUCCCAGAAACACGAGGAGCCAGCGUGGAGACCUGCGCCCGUUCGUUGGAGGAUCGCCGUUUGCACUGGAUACCGAAGAGUGAAGACAGAGAGAAACCAUGAAAUGCGAGAACAGCUUCCCUUUUGCUAUACAUCUCAGAAGGGCAUCCUUGUUUGGCGGGGACCUGCUUACUCUUCAGUAGGGAAUAAUGCCCAACCUCGAUCACUACCGAAUAACUCCGAAGACGAUAGACCAAAUAGAGAAGAUGGAGUUUUUACCUCCUGCACAAAAUUCAGCUACAAUACUGAAUGUGACUCCGAUUGUGAGAGACAGAUAAGCAAGUUGUUCUGCCUCGAGGGCGUUUCCUGACUUUUUCUGUGAAAGACGAACCAAUGUACUUGAACGGCUUCUUCAACUCCACAAGCCGCCGAGAGCACUCCUCGCAGAUGUUGUUCACCCACUGGGAGACAACGCCUUCAUCAUACUCAACAUCUUGCAGCUGAUCUACAAAGAAAGCACGAAGUCCAUACACACAGGAAUAUGUUUUCACGCCGAUGCACGCCAUUAGGUGGGUGUCUCUUUGGGUGAAGUCUGCCCAAAUUUCCCGAGAUUUUUCUACCGAGGACGUCCUUCAAGGCCAUGCAUUCUUUGUGUCGGUUGUCUUCAGAGUAAAGUGGAGGAAUGGCGUUCAGGGGCACGAUCAGAAAACGAAACUUGGUGACACCUCGAUCGCUGGUAUGCAGGCCUUCUACCGUAAACAUCUGACUGGACUGCUGCACUUAUUAAGAAGGUGGACGCCUCUCAUUUCGAAGCGUUUUUCUCAAGGUUGACGUUUUCUUGUUCCAGAGCCGAAGCAAGGAUUUCGUUAGCGACAAAGCUAGAUGAAGUGCUUCAUCCUCCGGUCGACCAGUCCUGUAGUCACAAGGCUGUUUCAGGUGAAGGGAUUUCGUGGUGGCAAGUGCAGUCUGUGCGGCUUGGUGAGAAGUGGAGUUUCGAACGGGCAUGGGAAAUGAGGAGAACUUCAGAAGAGUGCGCGCGCUCUGACCUUCAAUCACCUCAAGAAUAACCCGCUCCACUUCCUCGACGGACCACUUCACCUGCGUCCAAUGGCCGCAAACGAACAGAUGGGGAGAGUCGAAGUGCACAUGCAAGAAACUACUGCACGCCUGACCAGACGCCUGGUAUGAAGCACAACUUGCGCACGGAUACAUUACUAAUUUUCCACAGGUUUUGGCUAUUCGCGUUUGCCCCGUGAAAACUGUCU